GUGAGAAGUGAUUUAUCAAAAAAAAAAAAAGAUUCGUGAGAAGUGAGGAAGUGAAGAAUAUGUCGCAGCUGGUGAAUAAGGCCAAGGACUUCGUGGCGGAGAAGAUAGCGAAUGUGAAGAAGCCAGAGGCGAGUGUGGAAGACGUGGACUUCAAGCGCGUGAGCAGGGAGUGCGUGGAAUACCUGGCCAAGGUCUCGGUGUCGAACCCUUACAGCGCCCCAAUCCCAAUCUGUGAGAUCUCUUAUUCCCUCAAAAGCGCUGGAAGGGAGAUAGCGAAGGGGACAAUGGCAGAUCCAGGAUCGUUGAAAGGGGACGAGACAACGAUUUUGGAGGUGCCAGUGAAAGUGGCACACAGCAUACUGAUGAGUAUAGCGAAGGACAUAGGAAGCGAUUGGGACAUUGACUAUCAGCUGGAUCUCGGUCUCACCAUUGAUCUUCCUGUUAUCGGCAACUUCACCAUCCCUCUCUCUCACAACGGAGAGAUCAAGCUCCCCACUCUCUCCAAUGUCUUUGCCUAGCCAGCACCAUUCCCACUUGUGGGGGUUCUGCUAACUAAACUAAGUUAUAAUAUUAUGUCUCUUUAUCUAUAUCUUUUUCCUGGUUUUCAUUUUCAAGCUCCUUGUGUUCAAAUUUCAUUUGUGUAUCAGUUCUGUGUUCAAUCUUAGUAUCGCCUUUCAUGAUAUGGAGAGUCAAGCCAAGCUUAUACAGAUAGAACUGUGUGCCUGUACACUUUUUCUGAUUCCUAGUAUAAAAGGCGUUUACAACUA